AUGCCGACAAGCGGAUCAAGGUGGCAAAUCCCGUGGUGGAGAUGGACGGGGAUGAGAUGACACGGAUCAUCUGGGCCUUCAUUAAGGAGAAGCUCAUCCUGCCCAACGUGGAUGUCCAGCUAAAAUACUUCGACCUGGGGCUGCCACAUCGUGACAAGACGGAUGACCAGGUCACCAUUGACUCAGCGCUGGCCACCAAGAAGUACAGUGUGGCUGUCAAGUGUGCCACCAUCACGCCUGAUGAAGCCAGGGUGGAAGAGUUCAAGCUGAAGAAGAUGUGGAAGAGCCCCAACGGCACCAUCCGAAACAUCCUGGGGGGGACGGUGUUCCGCGAGCCCAUCAUCUGCAAGAACAUUCCUCGCCUGGUGCCCGGCUGGACCAAGCCCAUCACCAUCGGCCGCCACGCCCACGGUGACCAGUACAAAGCCACCGACUUCGUGGUGGACAAGUCCGGCACGUUCAAGCUGGUCUUCACGCCCAAGGACGGCAGCGGGGCCAAGGAGUGGGAGGUGUUCAACUUCCCCGGCGGCGGCGUGGGCAUGGGCAUGUACAACACGGACGAGUCCAUCUCCGGCUUUGCGCACAGCUGCUUCCAGUACGCCAUCCAGAAGAAGUGGCCGCUCUACCUGAGCACCAAGAACACCAUCCUCAAGGCCUACGACGGGCGCUUCAAGGACAUCUUCCAGGAGAUCUUUGAUAAGCACUACAAGACGGAGUUUGACAAGCUGAAGAUCUGGUACGAGCACCGGCUCAUCGACGACAUGGUGGCCCAGAUGCUGAAAUCCUCCGGGGGCUUUGUCUGGGCCUGCAAGAACUACGACGGGGAUGUCCAGUCAGACAUCCUGGCCCAAGGGUUCGGCUCCCUGGGCUUGAUGACCUCUGUGCUGGUGUGUCCGGAUGGGAAGACCAUUGAGGCUGAGGCCGCCCAUGGCACCGUCACCCGCCACUACCGGGAGCACCAGAAGGGGCGACCCACCAGCACCAACCCCAUUGCCAGCAUCUUCGCCUGGACACGGGGCCUGGAGCACCGGGGCAAGCUGGACAGUAACCCUGACCUCGUCAAGUUUGCACAGACGCUGGAGAAGGUUUGUGUGGACACGGUGGAGAGCGGGACCAUGACCAAGGACCUUGCUGGCUGCAUCCACGGCCUUGCCAACGUGAAGCUGAAUGAGCAUUUUGUGAACACGACCGACUUCCUCGAUGCCAUCAAGAACAACCUGGACAAGGCUCUGGGCAAGAAAUAGGGGACAGCCUUCCCAUCUCCAGGAUGGACGGGGCUGGGAGGGGCCCAGUGCCCCCUCCCCAACUCACCAGCACAGCUCAGGAACAGUUGAAUAAUUUUUCCAAAGUUUUCUUAGGAGUGUUUUUAAAGCCUUAGUAGCAGGGGAGUGCAGGGCUGGGGGGCGUGUGUCUGUCCUGCCCUGAUUCAUGUACCCCCACAACCGUGUGGUGCCAUUAAAUAUCUCCCCAGGCCUGGCACAUCACCGGGCACAGCUCUGCAGUGUGGGCACGGGGCGCAGCCAGGCUGGGGGGACCGUGCACUCCAGCAUUUUGGCAUUGCCUGAAGGCAGCGGUGGGGCUCCACAGCCCUGCCGUGCUGUGGCCAUCUCUGUCCUGCCCCAAGGCAGUGGGGGGAAAGGUGGGUGGCAGGCACACUGCCUUUGGGGGACUGAGUGGUGCCACACCCAGAACCACUCCAGGGCUUUUGGGAUGGGGCAGAUGGUGCUGCAGGGAACACGGCCACUGACACAAAGUGUAGGGUGCGUGUGGGGUCAGCACAGUGUCCCAGACCCUGGGCCCUGGUUGUGUGAUGCCUGCCAGGACCCAACCCAGCUCUGGGGGGCAAUGGUGUAGGUGCUGCCCCACAGCAGAGAGUGAAGAGCCCAGAGUGGUCCCAGACUCAGCGCUGCCCUUCCCUGCCAAACCCCUGGGCAGGGAGAAGGCAAACCGCCACCUCACAGGCUGCCCCGUGGGAUCCUUUUCCUCCAGCCCCAGAACAGCUGGGGGGCAAGGAGGGGGUGCCACUUCCUUAGUGGGGGCUCUGCCCAGGACCCUGCUCUGGUCCUCAGCCCCUCACAACCCCCUCUCCCCACACAGACCACACAGCUUACACGGGUUUACAAAGCACAUUGGUUGAAGGGAACUGAACUCGGUGAAAAGAUAAAUCCAACCACGCGGCACAUCUGAAAAAAAUAAAUUACUUUCAAAAUA